AUGGAUGAUGUUUUUGUUACAUUUUGUCUCCAAAUACAUUUACAUGAAGGGUUAGGUUUGGAAGUACAUGAUACUUGUGGUAGUAGUGAUCCUUAUAUUAAAUGUCAAUAUGGAGGGAAGACAAUUUACAAAAGUGAAAUAAUAUUUAGAGAAUUGAAUCCAAAAUGGAAUGAAAAAUUUUCUUUUCUUAUUCAAGACCCAACAGAAAUUAUUACUUUUAAGGUUUUCGAUUAUGAUCGUUUUAUGCGUGACGAUUUUAUGGGGACGGCUAAUGUCUCAUUAAAUACAUUAAAAUUAUCUGAGUAUUUAAAUAUAUAG